AUGAAAUGACAAAAUGAAAGUAUCAAAAGCAGAAAUACCCAGACUUGAAAAAAUAUUGUUUCUGUAGAUCAAGCUGAAGCUAUAUGAAGCUGUUCAAAAGUCACCUAUGUUGUUAAAAAUCUUACCUUUUCUGCUCCUGGUUUCAACAUCCCAAGGUUUUUGGUUUUUCAAAAGCAGAAAAGUUUGUUAUGCUCAGAUCGGGUGUUUCAGUAAUGCAGCUCCAUUUAAUAAUGUGAUGGGUAUCCUGCCCGACUCACCUAACAAGAUUCAAACAACCUUUAUGUUGUACACGAGAGAAAACCGGGAAACCCCUCAGAUUCUGAGCCCCUACAAUUCAAAUACCAUCUCCCGAUCAAAUUUUGAUGCAAGUCGAUUAACAAUAUUUAUCACCCACGGGUUUACUGACACUACCAAAACUGGAUGGGCGCUGAAAAUGAAAGAUGCGCUUCUGGAAGUGGAUGAUGUAAACGUGAUACCUGUCGACUGGUCCCCAGGAACUAAGGGCUUCAAUUACAUGAAAUCCAGUGCAAACACGCGCGUUGUUGGAGCUACCAUUGGUAACAUGCUAAAGGCUUUGUGGGACACAACUAAUAUACAGCUUAGUCGUGUUCAUUUGAUUGGUCAGAGUCUUGGGGCCCAUAUCAUGGGGUACGCCGGUGACUGGACGCGUUCAAGCAUUAACAUUGGUAGUAUAGGCAGAAUAACAGGUUUAGACCCAGCUGGAUUACAUUUUGAAGGUUUUGACAUCAAAGUGAAAUUGGAUGUCUCUGAUGCCAGCUUUGUCGAUGUCAUUCACACGGAUGCGGCCUCUAUUAUGAAUUUUGGACUUGGAAUCAGCAGUCCUAAUGGACACGUCGAUUUUUAUCCCAACGGAGGUAAAAGACAACCGGGGUGCAACGCUUUGUGGAAGGUAGUGUGUAGUCAUAUGAGAGUGAUUGAUUACUUCAUAGAGUCCAUCACUUCCUUCUGUGAAUUUAAGGCGUUUCCAUGCCUAGGCUAUUGGGAUUACUACUUUGGAGGAUGUAGAUCGUGUCGCAAUGGCUGCAAUAGAAUGGGUUACCAUGUCGAUAAAAAUGUACACGGCACAUUCUAUCUGCAAACAAAAACUGAAUAUCCCUUUUGUGAGGAAUGACAAGUUUACCUACGUUUUUACCGCAGGAAAUCUCUUCAAACCCUUGUUGUGGGAGAGAACACAGACGUAGGUCUGCUUAGAAGGAGGAUUUGUAGAACUCUGGACAUGAUUUAAGAAUUUAAGUGAUCUGACUGUCAAAAAGAUCUAGAUGGUGACUGAUUGAAAGAAUAUACUUUUCUAUGUCUGGAUAGUGAGAGUGUCCGAAAAAAGAGAAAUCGUAUCCAGUGUAGAAAAAGCAGUGAAAACCCCUUUAAGGCUACUUCUUGCUCAAAUGCAAACCUUAUACUGUAUUUCCAUUCGUAAAAAUAACGAGAGAAGAAUUUUUGGUGCUGAUAAAUUUGUAAAAUUGCGCUGUAUAAUUAUUGUAUCUUUCAGUAUUGGAUUACUUUUUUAUGAACUACAUGUAGGGAUGUGGGAAUCUUAAUAAAAACAGGAAAUAUUUAAUUUUAUGGAUAUGCGUGCAUUAUGAAAUACUCGGUAUGUAAUUUUCGUAAUCCAGUGAAUAUGGCGAUGUAGUCUAAUAUUUCUUUCCUUCAGAUAUCCUUAUGAUAAAAAGAUUCAAAUGUAAAUUGUUCUUGCUUUGAAUUUUUAAAUCAAAAAAAGUAAUUGACACUGGAACGCCACCAAUGGGAAA